CAUAAACUUACCAAAGUAGUCGCUGAAUUGCCUGGUCCAUCAAAAGUAGCCCAAAAAGUAAAAAUGAAAUUAACUAAAUUCCAACAAUUCUUACCAAUUAUUCAUGUAGUCUGCAAUCCUGGUAUACAACAACGUCACUGGGAUCAAAUGAGUGAAAUUGUCAGCUUUGAUAUAAAGCCAAGUCCAGAUACACAACUGCAGACAUUUUUAGAAUUUGGCUUAGGCGCCUAUUUGGAUCAGUUGGAAGAGGUUGGCGCUGCAGCAGCUAAAGAGCAUCAACUAGAGACAACCAUGUCUAAAAUGAAAGAAGAAUGGCGUCAAAUGAGCUUUGAAUUAUUGCCCUACAGAGAUACAGGAUUGUCAAUUCUGUCAGCAGUUGACGAUAUACAAGUUCUUCUGGAUGAUCAUAUUAUUAAAGCACAAACAAUGCGUAAUUCACCGUAUAUUAAACCAUUUGAAAAAGAGAUGAUAGCAUGGGAGACAAAAUUAGUCUCAAUGAAUGAUAUAUUAGAUGUAUGGCUUAAAGUGCAAGCUACUUGGUUGUAUCUAGAACCGAUAUUUUCAUCUGAAGAUAUUCUAGCACAAAUGCCAGAAGAAGGUCGUAAAUUUGGUGUUGUUGAUGUAUUAUGGCGUGAAAUAAUGACUGAAGCGGUUGCAAAUCCAAGUUGUUUAAUAGCUACAGAUCAAAGAGAUAUGUUACGACGUUUAACCGAUGGAUAUCUACUACUUGAAGAAAUUCAGAAAGGGCUAAAUGAUUACCUGGAAAAGAAAAGGUUAUAUUUUCCUCGGUUCUUCUUCUUAUCAAAUGAUGAACUGUUGGAAAUAUUAUCUGAAACAAAAGAUCCUCAGAGAGUUCAGCCACACUUGAAAAAGUGUUUUGAAGGUAUCAGUCGACUUAUGUUUACAGAACAACAAGAAAUUACUGGGAUGACAUCCGCUGAAGGUGAAUGUGUACCAUUUGUGACGAAAAUAUAUCCGGCCAAAGCUAAGGGUAUGGUUGAAAAAUGGUUACUACAAGUAGAAGACGUGAUGCUCAAUAGUUUACGAAAAGUUAUUGCUGACAGUGUAUACGCCUAUCCUGAAACUCCAAGAGAAAAAUGGGUACUCGACUGGCCAGGUCAAGUUGUGGUCUGUGUUUCUUGUAUUUACUGGACAGAAGAAGUACAAGACUCUUUGGGUAAAAAUAAACUAAGCGAAUAUCAUGCAAAAUGUAAUCGACAGAUUGAUGAUAUUGUGAAAUUAGUCAGAGGUCAGUUAACUAGUGGAGAAAGGAUUACGCUUGGUGCACUCACGGUCAUUGAUGUACACGCACGUGAUGUUGUGGCAUCCAUGGUUCAGCAUAAAGUGAACUCUAUUCAGGCUUUUGAAUGGUUAAGUCAGUUAAGAUACUAUUUUGCACCUGAAGAAGCUACAAAGGUUACUGUAUGCCAAAUUACUACAGAGCUGGAUUACGGUUAUGAAUAUCUGGGUAAUACUCCAAGGUUAGUGAUAACUCCACUAACGGAUAGAUGUUAUCGAACUCUGAUGGGUGCUUUGAAAUUAAACCUAGGCGGUGCACCUGAAGGUCCAGCUGGAACUGGAAAAACUGAAACUUGCAAAGAUUUAGCUAAAGCUAUUGCUAAACAAUGUGUAGUAUUCAACUGUUCUGAUGGUCUUGAUUAUCGUGCAAUGAGUAAAUUCUUUAAAGGACUUGCACAAGCUGGUGCAUGGGCAUGUUUCGAUGAAUUUAAUCGUAUUGAACUGGAAGUGUUGUCUGUAGUGGCACAACAAAUCCACUGUAUCCAAAUGGCGAUUAGUUCUGGACUGAAACGUUUUGUGUUUGAAGGUACGGAGUUAAGCUUAAAUCCAACCUGUACAAUAUUUAUUACCAUGAAUCCUGGUUACGCUGGACGUCAGGAGUUGCCGGAUAAUCUAAAAGUUUUGUUUCGUUCAGUGGCUAUGAUGGUUCCAGAUUAUGCACUCAUUGGAGAAAUAUCUUUAUAUUCAAUGGGUUUUGUUGAUGCCAGAUCUUUGGCUAGUAAAAUUGUGGCUACCUAUCGUCUCUGCUCAGAACAAUUGUCAUCACAACACCACUACGAUUACGGUAUGAGAGCUGUAAAAUCUGUUCUUACAGCAGCUGGUAAUCUACGUCAGAAGUAUGUGGAAGAGGAUGAGUCCGUCCUCUUAUUAAAGGCUAUCAAUGAUGUCAACUUGCCGAAAUUCUUGUCACAAGAUAUUCCACUGUUUGAAGGUAUCAUCUCUGAUCUAUUUCCUGGCAUCAGUUUGCCCAAAGGCGAUUAUGAUAACUUUUUAGCUUGUCUUCGUCAACAAUUAGAAAAACGUCGUCUUCAGUCAGUUCCAUGGUAUUUGGAUAAAAUUUUACAAAUCUAUGAAAUGAUUCUUGUCCGCCAUGGUCUUAUGAUUGUUGGAGAGACGCUAAGCGGUAAAACCCAAGCCUAUCAAGCCUUAGCAGACACGCUGACAACAUUAGUUGAAAACAAUCAGAUAAUGAAUGAACACACUGUACAAUAUGGUAUUAUUAAUCCAAAAGCUAUAACAAUGGGUCAAUUGUACGGUCAGUUUGAUCUGGUCUCUCAUGAAUGGUCGGAUGGGAUAUUAGCUGUAAUGUUUCGUGAAUUUGCUGUAGCCGAGGAUAAUAAACGCAAAUGGAUACUUUUCGAUGGUCCUGUAGAUGCUGUAUGGAUCGAGAACAUGAACACUGUACUGGAUGAUAAUAAAAAGCUUUGCCUAAUGUCUGGUGAAAUUAUACAAAUGUCAUCAUUGAUGAAUUUAAUCUUUGAACCAGCAGACUUAGAACAGGCCAGUCCAGCAACUGUAUCACGAUGUGGUAUGAUCUAUAUGGAACCAGCUCAACUAGGUUGGAGACCAAUGGUUAAAUCAUACAUGGAUUAUCAGUUACCGAAUAAUUUAUCAGAUGAGUUGAAAGAAUUGGUCAGUGAUUUGUUUGAAUGGCUUAUUGAUCCAUGCUUAGAUUUUAUGCAAACCAAUUGUAGACAGUUGUUUUCAAUAUCCAAUUUACAUGCAGUUAAACAAAUGAUUACAUUAUUCGACUGCUUAUUGGAUGAAAUACGUCAUUGGUGUGCAACAGAGCAUAAUUCAGACCCAGUUGAAGGUGUUUCUCCUCAAAAUACUAUGUCUGCUCAAACAGUCUACCUACAGAUUCAGGCAUUAUUUCUCUUCUCAGUGGUCUGGAGCAUAGGAUCAUGUCUACCAACAGAUUCAAGAGGCAAAUUCGAUUUAUUUUUCCGUGAUCUUGUUUCUGGCAUUAAUCAAUCACAUCCUAAACCAAAAUCAAUCAAAUUGACUAAGGGAAAUUCAUUUCCAGAACGUCAAACUGUUUAUGACUUUUGGUAUGAUAAAAAAUCUCAAGGAUCGUGGUCUGAAUGGUCAUAUUUUAACUGGAAUUCAUCUAAAGCAGGACAAGGUUUCGACCCCAAUCCACCAAUUACUGAAGUUCCCGCAACAACAGCUGAAGCUAAUCCUGAGGAUGGUGUAGUUCCACCAGCAAGCCCGACUGGAAAAGAUACGGAUCCACAAGCCGAUAUGAUAGUCAACACAGUUGAAACUGAACGGAUGUAUUUCUUCCUUAAUUUGUAUACAACCCAUCAUGUUCCAUUAAUUCUAGUUGGACCCACAGGCACGGGAAAGUCUGUAAUCGCCAACGGCUACCUAAUCCAACUGCCUAGAGAGAAAUACAUACCGAAUGUUAUUAACUUUUCAGCGCGUACAAGUGCUAAUCAAACACAAGACAUUAUUAUGUCACGUUUGGAUAGACGACGUAAAGGUGUGUUCGGUCCACCACCAGAUAAGCAAUGCAUUGUCUUCGUGGAUGACUUAAAUAUGCCAAUGAAAGAGAAAUACGGUGCACAACCUCCAAUUGAAUUACUGCGUAUGUGGAUUGAUCAUGGUCAUUGGUAUGAUAAGAAAGAUAAUACCAAACAACAUUUAGUUGACGUUCGUUUUAUGGCUGCAAUGGGACCACCUGGAGGCGGACGUAAUGACAUAACAUCACGUUUGACACGACAUGCAAAUGUAUUGGGAGUCAAUGAAUUCGAUGAUCACACAAUGUUGAAAAUAUUUACAACGAUUACAGAUGCUCAUUUUUCAAUUGGUUUUGAACCACAAUUUAUGCGGCUCAGUAAAGUUUUAGUUCAAGCAACAUUACAUGUUUAUAAGUUGGCGAUAUCAAAUUUUCUGCCUACACCAGCUAAAUCACACUAUGUAUUCAACUUACGUGAUUUCGCCAGAGUUAUCAAAGGUGUAAAGCUUGUUCCAGCCAGUAAUAUGAAAGAACAAGAUAAACUUAUGCGUCUAUGGAUACAUGAAGUUUAUCGAGUAUUCUAUGAUCGGCUUACUUUAACUGAAGACGGCAAUCGAUUUUUCGAAAUUGUUCGUCAAACAUGCUCUGAUGUAUUUCGGACAAAUAUGGAUAAAAUAUUAGGCCAUUUAAGUUUAAGUGGUCGUGUUGCUGAUGAGGAUAUCAGAAAUUUAUUAUUUGGUAAUUAUAUGCAAGAUGAAGGAUGUUAUGAUGAGGUGACUGAUUUCAAAUUACUUACAAAACGUAUGGAGGCUUAUUUAAACGAUUUCAAUGCACUGUCUAAAACUCCAAUGAAUCUUGUUAUGUUUAAAUUUGCUGUUGAACAUAUCAGUCGAGUGGCACGUGUUCUAUUACAAGAUAAUGGGCAUGCAUUACUAGUAGGUGUUGGAGGCAGUGGUCGUCAGAGUGCAACACGUUUAGCCAGUCAUAUUGCAGAUCAUGAAUUAUUUGUUAUUGAAAUCACGCGUACAUAUGGUGUUAAUGAAUGGCGAGAUGAUCUUAAACGCUUGUUGCUUAAGACUGGACUUGAUGCAAAGUCAACUGUAUUUCUAAUCAAUGAUACUCAACUUAAACAUGAAUCAUUCAUGGAGGAUAUUUCAAUGUUAUUGAAUUCUGGUGAUGUGCCUAAUCUUUUCCCACCAGAUGAGAAAGCAGAAUUAAUUGAUAAAGUACAAAAUAUUGCACGUAUGGAAGGUCUAAAAAUUGAACCGAGUCCUCUGGCUAUGUAUACGUACUUUACACAACGAGUGAAGAAGCAUUUACACAUAGUACUUGUCAUGAGUCCGAUUGGUGAUGCAUUCCGAUCAAGAUUACGUAUGUUCCCAUCCUUGAUUAACUGUUGCACAAUCGACUGGUUUCAUGUCUGGCCCGAGGAUGCUUUGGAGAUGGUUGCCAAUAAACACUUUGAAGGUAUUGAAUUCGGUGAAAAUGCACGUGAAUCCUCUGUGAUAUUGUGUAAAUACUUUCAUGAAAGUGUAAGGAAACUAUCCGAGAAAUUCUUGGAAAUUUUACGACGACACAGCUAUGUAACGCCAACAUCCUACUUGGAAAUGAUACUUACAUUCAAAAAGCUACUGCACAAAAAGCGUACAGAGCUGACAACAAUGCGUAAUCGCUAUUUAACUGGUUUAGACAAGUUAGAAUUCGCUGCCAGUGAAGUUGGCAAAAUGCAAAAGGAACUACGUGAUCUACAACCAUUGCUUAUGGAGACCAGUACAGAGACUGACAUUCUGUUGAAUAAAAUUGCACAAGAUUCUGUUGAAGUUGAAGCUCAGCGUGAAAUUGUUGCAUCCGAUGAACUGAUAGCUAACAAAGCAGCCGCUGCUUCAAAAGCAAUUAAAGAUGAAUGCGAAGCAGAUUUGGCUGAGGCUAUGCCAAUUCUAAACGACGCUCUGGCAUCACUAGACACACUAAAACAAAGUGAUAUCACUCUGGUAAAAUCAAUGAAAAAUCCACCAAAUAUUGUUAAAUUAGUUAUGGAAGCUGUCUGUAUCAUGAUGGGAGAAAAAGCUGACCGUAAACCAGAUGGUACAGGUCGUAUGGUCGAGGACUAUUGGGGACCAUCAUUAAAGCUGCUAGGUGAUAUUAAAUUUUUAGAACGUUUGAAAAACUAUCAGAUUGACAAUAUUCCAGUCAAUAUAAUGAAGAAGAUUCGUGAAAAUUACAUACCGAAUACAGAUUUCGACCCAAAGAUUGUACGUAACGCUAGUACAGCGUGUGAAGGUCUAUGCAAAUGGAUUAUAGCCCUAGAUAAGUAUGACAAGGUAGCGAAGAUUGUUGCACCGAAAAAGGAGAAAUUGGCUAUCGCUGAGGCUGAACUAGAAGUUCAGUUAGUUAAAUUGGCAGAGAAGAAAGCUGCGCUAGACGAAGUUCAGGCUAAAUUUCAAGUUCUACAAGACCAAUUGGAUGAAAUGCAAAAGAAAAAACAAGACUUAGAAGAUAACAUUGAUUUGUGCAGUAAAAAAUUGGAUCGUGCUGAAAAGCUGAUCAGUGGAUUAGGCGGGGAAAAAACACGUUGGACUGAAGCGGCUGCAAUGUUAAAGGAAAGAUAUGUUAAUAUCAUCGGUGAUGUUUUGCUAAGUGCUGGAGUUGUUGCUUACCUCGGCCCAUAUACUGUUGACUUUCGAUCCAGUAUCCAAAAUGAAUGGCACGAAUUAUGUCAGAAAUUAGAAAUUCCAUGCUCAGAAGUAUUUCGCAUUUCAGACGCUCUGGGGGAUCCAGUAAAAAUUCGAUCGUGGAAUAUCGCUGGACUACCGGUGGACAGCUUCUCCAUAGAUAAUGGUAUAAUUGUUACAAAUUCUGACAGAUGGUCACUGUGUAUAGAUCCACAAGGUCAAGCGAAUAAAUGGAUUAAAAAUAUGGAGAAGGAUAAUAAAUUACAAGUUGUAAAAUUGAGUGAUACGCAUUACUUGCGAACGUUGGAGAAUUCCAUCCAAUUCGGUAUGCCAGUAUUAAUGGAGAAUGUUGGCGAAGAAUUAGAUCCAAUCUUGGAGCCUAUACUUCAAAGAGUACUGUUUAAAUUACAAGGAACUUGGUGUAUACGUCUAGGCGAUAAUGUGCUUGAAUACAAUCCAGGCUUUCGUUUCUACAUCACUACACGAUUGCGUAAUCCACACUACCUGCCUGAAAUCUCUGUUAAGGUUUGUCUAAUCAACUUCAUGAUUACACCGCUUGGUUUACAAGACCAACUGUUGGGCAUAGUGAUAGCUGAAGAGAAACCUAAACUGGAAGCUACUAAAAACCAGUUGAUUAUUGAAUCAGCUGAUAAUAAGCGUCAGUUGAAAGAAUUAGAGGAUAAAAUUCUGGAAGUGUUGAGUACAUCACAAGGCAAUAUAUUGGAGAAUGAAACAGCUAUCAAUGUAUUGAGUUCGUCAAAGAAACUAAGCGAAGAGAUUACCGAGAAACAAGCUGUAGCCGAGGUUACUCAGCUAGAAAUUGAUGCAGCACGUAAUGGAUAUCGUCCAGUUGCUGAGCAUGGUUCUCUCCUAUUUUUCUGCAUAUCAGAUUUAUCAAAUAUUGAUCCGAUGUAUCAGUACUCAUUGACAUGGUUUAUUAACUUGUUUUUAUCAUCUAUUUCGAACAGUGAAAAAUCUCCAGUUCUGGAAGAACGUAUUGAACUGUUGAACAGUCAUUUUACCACAAGUGUUUAUCGAAAUAUUUGUCGUUCGCUGUUUGAAAAUCACAAAUUACUCUUUUCGUUAAUUAUGUGUUAUUCCCUAUUAAAAAAUAAAGAGAAAGUGGAUGAAACGGUUUGGCGUUUCCUGUUAACUGGUGGCGUUGCACUUGACAAUCCACACCCAAAUCCAUGCCCUGAUUGGCUUUCCGACAAAUGUUGGUCUGAAAUUGUUCGUGCUACCGAGUUACCUGGCUUAGACGGAUUUAUGGAUAGUGUGCAAAACACUCCAGUACAGUGGAAAGCAAUGUAUGAUGAUUUGGAACCGCACAGAUUCUCAAUUCCGGGUAAAUUUUCAAAAUUGGAUGGUCUUGAAAAGUUGGUUGUAUUAAGAUGCAUACGACCGGAUAAAGUAGUUCCUGGUAUUCAAGACUUUAUUGUACAAAAUAUGGGUCAACAGUUCAUUGAACCGCCAACAUUUGAUUUAGCUGGUUCAUUUUCCGACUCCAAUUGUUGUUCACCGUUAAUUUUUAUCCUAUCACCGGGAGCUGAUCCAAUGAAUGCUUUAAUCAAAUUCGGUGUCGACUUAGGAUUCACCGGUGAUCGUAUACAAACAAUAUCACUUGGUCAGGGUCAAGGACCUGUAGCCGCAAAUAUGAUUCAACGUGCUAUUAAAGAUGGGACAUGGGUUGUGCUACAGAACUGCCAUCUAGCUGUCAGCUGGAUGAAAUCAUUAGAAAAGAUAUGCGAAGAAACAAUUGUGCCGAAAAAUGUGGAUGUGGAUUUCCGCCUAUGGCUUACAAGUUAUCCAUCGCCAGACUUUCCUGUAACAAUAUUAGAAAAUGGUGUAAAAAUGACAAAUGAACCUCCAAAAGGCCUACGAUCAAAUUUAUUACGUUCUUAUUUAAAUGAUCCAAUAUCUGAUCCAGAAUUUUAUGAUGGAUGUUCAAAAAAUCCUAUCUGGCAUAAAAUGUUAUUCGGGUUAUGCUUUUUCCAUGCCUUAGUUCAAGAACGUCGAAAAUUCGGUCCACUUGGUUGGAAUGUUCCUUAUGAAUUUAAUGAAUCUGAUCUACGUAUAAGCGUACGACAAAUGAAGAUGUUUUUAGAUCAGUAUGAUGAAAUUCCACUAGAGGCAUUAACUUAUCUAACUGGUGAAUGUAAUUAUGGUGGACGUGUAACAGAUGAUAAAGACAGGCGACUGCUGAUUUCAUUAUUGGGUAUAUUUUAUAACAGAAAGAUUAUUGAUGAACAACAUUAUAAAUUUUCACCAUCUGGCAUAUACUAUUGUCCUGAUGAUGGUACAGCUCAAGACUUUAUCGAGUAUAUACGAUCACUACCGCUGAAUCCAAUGCCAGAGGUCUACGGCCUACACGACAAUGCUGACAUCACUAAAGAUAAUCAAGAAACAUUCCAGCUGUUCUCUGGAAUCUUGUUAACUUUGCCAAGACAAAUGGGUGGAGCUGGAAAAUCACCAGAAGUCACUGUACAAGAACUUGCCUCAGAUAUCCUUUCGAAACUGCCACCUGACUUUAAUUUAAAAGAUGCAAUUGGUCAUUAUCCUGUAAUGUAUAAGGAGUCAAUGAAUACAGUACUGAGACAGGAAUUAAUACGUUUCAAUCGUUUGACCAGUGUUGUGCGUGCAACACUGAUAGAUUUACAGAAAGCUAUCAAAGGUUUGGUUGUUAUGUCUGCUGACUUAGAAGAUGUAUUCAACUCAAUGCUUGUCGGUAAAAUACCAAGUGUAUGGGCAGCAAAAUCGUUUCCAUCGCUUAAACCACUCGGAAGUUAUGUACAAGAUUUAAUAUACAGACUGAAGUUCUUCGCUGAUUGGCUUACAUACAAUGCACCACCAGUAUUUUGGAUAUCAGGCUUUUAUUUCACUCAAUCAUUUCUAACUGGUGUCUUACAAAAUUACGCUAGAAAGUAUACCAUUCCAAUAGAUACACUUGGAUUCACAUUCCAGGUGACUAACAGAUACCUUAAUACUGUCAACCUGCUGGAAAAUGCACCAUCAGUUCCCAAGUUACCGAGAUUAUCAGCUCAAGGCACUAGACAUCCAUCAGUGGCUGCUAGUAACAACAAACCAGUCAGACCGAAUGAACAAUUUGACAAUUUCGCCAAACCAGAUGAUGGUGCUUAUAUUACAGGGCUGUAUUUAGAAGGUGCACGUUGGGAUCCAACAGACAGUUGUUUAACUGAAUCCAAACCAAAAGUACUAUUUGAUACAAUGCCAGUGAUAUGGCUUGUUCCGAAAAUACUGAACGAAAUCAAUCGUGAAUCAACCUACAGUUGCCCAGUCUAUAAAACAUCUGCUCGACGUGGUGUCUUAUCGACUACUGGACAUUCGACUAACUUUGUUCUGUAUAUUGAUUUGAGAACAAAUCAACCAGAAGAGCAUUGGAUUAAUCGUGGGGUAGCUGCUCUAUGCCAGUUAGACGACUAAUGAAGAUAGAGGUUGAAAAACAUACAGGCCCAGAUGAAUUAUGUUAUAAUAUGUGGGUGCUUGCUUUCUUAUAACAAUGACAACAUGCAACUCAAUGAAAUUCAUGAGUAUAUUUCAUGAAACUAUCAAAUGAUCCAGUAUAAAAUCUAUAACAUUUGAACUGAGAAUGAGAACACUUAUUACAUUGUUUUAAACAAAAACACAACCAUUCAGAUAUAACCUAGAUGAAUACUUUUAUUGAAAUUACUUAUUCUUUUAUAUACAUAUAUACU